AUGGCACCCCAAGACUACAACCAAGGCGUCCCUGGCCUCCCAUACUUCACCCCAAAACAUUUGACCUCACCAGGAACGCCCGCCCCAAACACCAAACAAAAUGACACAACACCAACACUAUUCACGCCCCUCACCAUCCGCGGCACCACCCUCCGCAACCGCAUUCUCGUAGCGCCCAUGUGCCAAUACAGCACCGCAUCCUCAGGCCCCACCAUUGGCGCCCUAACAGACUACCACAUCGCAACGCUCGGCCACUACGCCCUCAAAGGCGCAGGUCUAGUCUUCAUAGAAGCCACCGGCGUUCAAGCCAACGGCCGCAUCUCACCAAACUGCCCCGGCAUAUGGAGUGAUUCCCAGAUCCCCGCGCUGCGAAGAGUCUCGGAUUUCAUCAAGAGCCAGGGCGCGCAGAGUGGUCUCCAACUAGCGCAUGCGGGACGAAAGGCGAGUACAUGCGCGCCCUGGAUCGCCGGCGAGCAAAAGACACAAGGCGGGAAGCGGAAAGUCAGCGUCAAAGCCGACGUAGACGCCGAUGGCUGGCCAACAAACGUCGUCGGCCCCAUGGGCGGCCAAGAAUGGGCGUGGGACGAGAAAGCGGCCGAUGACGAGAGCAGCGGAUACUGGGCCCCUCGCGCUCUCAGCGAGAAGGAGAUCAAAGAGUUAAUCCAAGACUGGGCUGACGCAGCGCAACGAGCAGUAAAAGCCGGUAUCGACGUGCUCGAAAUCCACGGCGCACAUGGCUACCUCAUCCACCAAUUCCUCUCCCCCGUUACAAACCAGCGUACAGAUGCCUACGGCGGUUCCUUCGAAAACCGGACUCGUCUUUUAGUCGAAAUCACCAAGGCCAUUCGAGCCGUUAUCCCAGAAACUAUGCCCCUGUACCUCCGCAUCAGCUCCACAGACUGGAUGGAAGAAACCGACCUAGGCAAAGCUCGCGGGACCUGGGACGUCGAAAGCUCGAUCCGCCUCGCAAAACUUCUCCCCGGUCUAGGCAUCGACCUCCUCGACGUAAGCAGUGGAGGCAACCACCCCGAGCAGCGAAUCAACAUGUUCGAUUCAAAGGACUACCAGAUCAAAAUCGCCGCGCAAAUCCGGAGUGCACUCAAGAAAGAGAAUCUCAGUCUUUUCAUCGGCGCUGUGGGUCUUAUUACUGAGGCAGAGCAGGCGAGGGAUAUUGUUGAAGAGGGCGGUGCGGCGACGAUUGCGAGGAUUGGGGAUGAGGAGGUGGCGAAGGAGGCGAAGGCUGCGGUUAAGGUUACGGAGGGGAAGGAGCCGUUGGCGGAUGUUGUGCUUGUUGCGAGACAGUUUAUGAGGGAGCCCGAGUGGGUGCUUAGGGUGGCGUGGCAGUUGGGGUUGGAUGUUGCGUGGCCGAAUCAGUUUUUGAGGGUUAGGUUUCCGAAGUUGUAG